AUGGCCGUUUCACCAACUAAGGUUAGCAGUAUGGAGAACCUAGUUCCAGAGGAGACCUACAGAAAGUCAAAACAAGCAUACAUUAAGAUUGUGGCGGCCUUGUUCAUAGCUUGCGUUAUAGCUGUUGUUAUGACCUGUCUGUUUGCAUGGAAAAUAAGUGAAGAUACAACAUCAGCUCCAGCGAAAAGCAGUCCUGUGAGAGGCGUUCAAACUAACAACGAUUUUUGCCCUGGACUACCGCCUAUACUCCCCAAACUGCCUUCACCAUUGCCAGAAGAACUUCAAGCAAGUCUCAGGACGUUUAGUACUUAUUUAGGGAAUUUAGUUCAAGAAAACGGCUUGCCCGCCAUUUCUGCAAAUGCUUAUUACAAAGAUUCUAUUCUGUGGAAAGGGCACUACGGUAGAAAGACACUUGAYGGGGAAAGGCCUGACGAUACGACUCGUUACCGCAUAGGAAGCAUUAGUAAGAUCUUUCCAGUCCUUAUGGUGUACAUGCUGUAUGAACAAGGAAUUAUUUCCUCCAUCGAUGACCCUCUGAAUAAAUACGUGCCUGAUUUUGUGAUUAAUAAUCCAUUCACUAACGAAAGUAUCACGCUGAGACAGAUAAUGAACCAACUGUCAGGUCUUCCGCGCGAAGCUCCUUGCGUUUUAUGCAACAGAAACGAGACAACCGAAGAGCAACUUAUGUUCUUAAAGAAUCAAAGUCUCGUCGUGGAUCCGGGAACGGUACCGUCUUACAGUAACCUUGGAUAUGCUUUGUUGGGUCGAUUGUUUACAGAAAGAGUCAUCAAGAAUACGACAUUUGAGGAGUGGACUAAGGAUAAUAUUCUGUCACCGUUGGGAUUAAAUCACACAGGAUUUUCCUUUACCAGUGACGUAAAAAAGAACAUGGCCUUUCCGUAUGACAAACAAGGCCAACUCCUGCCAAUUUUAAACAUCGGCUGGUUAAGCCCUUCUGGCCAAAUGUACUCGACUAUAGAAGAAUUAGCGCGUGUUGGAAUGUUCCUUAUGGGUUCCAAAAAGAGCGACAAAAUCGGCAUCAAGCAGAGCAGUCUUCGAGAGAUGUUAGCUCCAUCUUACGUCGCACCUGAUGGGCUCACCAUGUGGGGGUCCCCUUGGGAAAUAUUCUUGCGCGAACAUUUUAUAAUUCGAACAAAGGGUGGCUCCAUAGAUGGAAUGAGUGCAAUGAUGGUUGUUAUACCUGAAGUGAAGCUUGGUUUUAACGUGUUUUUGAGCGCUGUUGCGAAUUUUUCUGUUGGUGCUUUGAUAGGCAACACCAUUACUGAUCGAUUUAUCAAAGAUUUUCUUCCGGUUUUUAAUAGCACUCUUUUUACUAUCAACGAGGAAGGGGACUUUCCAGUUAAACCAAAACUAUACACUGGCACCUAUAAUAUCACACGUGUAAAUAUAUAYGCACCAACAGAUAAGAUUUUAAACUACCAAGCUACCAUAACGGCAAGUGGCAGUAAACUAAUUUAUAAGGAUAAUGGAGGUUUUCCAGAAGUUUCUCUAUAUUAUAUAGGAUACGAAUUGAUUUUGCAAGGAAAGGUAUUUAGCAGCUCGUGUUUUACCCAGAGAAUGGGUACAGUGUCGGCCUUUCAUUUCAAGCCCGCUGGUGCUGAUGGACUAUCACCUGGUUUUGCUGUUCCACAGAUGGGUAUUUCAAGCGUGCGGGUCUCUGUGUAG